AAUAGUUCUCAACUGAAGGAGAACAGGAGGGCAGGAGACCUGGAGAAGAGACAUUUGUUUGGAUGGACUGACAUCACUGGCUGCUAAAAGUCCAGGCCAAAGAUGGCAUCUGCCCUUCAAUCCUAUCCUGAGAGGAAAAAGUCCCAGCUGUCUUCAACUGUUGCUUCCCAACUUCUUCUGUACUGAACAGCUUAUUUUACAGAUGAAGAAAUUGAGGCAAACAGGAUUGUGAUUUGCCCAAAGACUUAACAGCUGAUAGGAAGACAUGGGCUUUGUUUCAAGGUUCCAAAGACACAAACUGGUUGGACGGGCUGAGGCCUUCGAGUAAACACAUCUUGCUAGACUUCUGGACAAAGGCUAUGAAACCAGGCCACUGGGUGGAUUUCCCAAGCAAACUCAUUUGGAGUCAGGAAAGAUCCAAGCUUCAAUCCUGCCUCUUCCACUUCCCAGCAGCAUGACCUUGGGUUUGAUUCUUCUGCUGUUGCUUCAAUACAGUUCUGCUGUUAAACUAGUUUGCUACUUCACCAACUGGUCCCAAUAUAGGUCUGGCCAGGCAGCCUUCCUCCCCCAGAACGUGGACCCUUCCCUUUGCACUCACCUCAUCUAUGCCUUUGCUGACAUGAAGGAUCACCAGCUCACCACGUCUGACCCAAAGGAUGUGCAGUUUUACAAGGAUCUGAACGGGCUGAAAAGCAGGAAUCCCAAACUGAAAAUCCUGCUGGCCAUUGGAGGCUGGAAUUUUGGCACUAAGAAGUUCACAGACAUGGUGGCCAGACCUGACACCCGCCAGAUUUUUAUCCAGUCAGCUAUCAGCUUCCUUCGUCAACAUGAUUUUGAUGGCCUUGACCUUGACUGGGAGUACCCAGGCAGCCGGGAUAGUCCUGCUAUAGACAAAGAACGAUUCACAGCUCUGCUAGAGAAUCUGCGUGACGCCUUCCUCCAGGAGAGUCAGAAGUCAGGGAAGAAUCGGCUCCUCCUGAGUGCAGCGGUCCCUGCUGGUCGAAACAAUGUGGAUCGUGGCUAUGAGGUCCCGAAAAUCUCCCAGUUUCUAGAUUUCAUCAACCUCAUGACCUACGACUUUCAUGGCACCUGGGAAAGGACUACCGGUCACAACAGCCCUUUGUACAGGAGGCAGGCGGAGAAAGGAGGAGCAGCUGAAGCCAAUAUUGAUUUUGCUGUGAACUAUUGGCUGGAGAAGGGGGCCCCAGCAAACAAAUUGAUCUUGGGCAUGCCCACCUACGGUCGGAGUUUUACUCUUUCCUCUCCUUCUGACACAGGGGUAGGAGCCCCAGCUUCUGCAGCUGGAACUCCUGGCCCCUUCACAAAAGAGGGAGGUCUGUUGGCUUUCUAUGAGGUGUGCACCUUGAAGGAUGCUACUUUGCGCAUGAUAGAAGAGCAAAAGGUGCCUUAUGCCUUCCAAGGCAACCAGUGGGUGGGCUUUGAUAAUGAGAAGAGCUUCAAAACCAAGGUUGAAUAUCUGAAGCAGAAGGGACUGGGUGGAGCCAUGGUCUGGGCCAUUGACAUGGAUGAUUUCCAGGGUACUUUCUGUAACCAGGGUCCAUACCCGCUCAUCCAGACACUGAAGAGAGAGUUAGGCAUCUCAUCAGCAAGAGGAAGCCCCAUUCCGACCCAGCCCUCUACACCCAUUCCAGAAGGAAAUACCUUCUGCAAGGACAAAGCCAACGGCCUCUACGUCAACCCUCAAGACCAUACCGCCUUCUACAACUGCUUGGACAAGCAGACAUUCACAUACUCCUGCCCCAAAGGUCUGGUGUUUGACAACUCCUGCCAGUGCUGUAACUGGCUCACAAUGCCAGGGGGCCAGGGCUGAUCCCUCUGCCAAGCUAAGAGCAUUCUUCUUGGUGCGCCUUCCAACCAACCCUCUUGCUCAUCUCCUAAGACUUUGCUCAAUCUCAACACAGAGCCCUAGCGUGGGCAGGGAUUCAGGGUCCCGUAGCUGGAUUAUAUACUCUCCAUUUUAUUUUUUUCCUUAUUUGCUCCAAAUCUACUCUGGGUUCCCAAGCCUCCUUUUCCUCUGGUUCCAAUAAAUUGUACUUCCUUCUUCUCUGAACAAGAGAAAUGUAAAGCUAAA